AUGAGCCUGAACAGUACCUUCGAGCACUACGUGCGGUACCGCUUCGGCAACCACACAGAGUUCGAGGUGCCCAAUCGAUACAUCAAUCUGGACAUCAAGGAAAUGGGUUGCAAAGGCGUGAUCUGUUCAGCGUUCGAUAUCGUCACCAAGAAGCAGGUCGCCAUCAAGAAGCGAUCUCGGGCUCUGGAUGGAAUCUUUCCAUCAAUGGUACUUUUCAGAGACAUCAAGUUGUUGAGGACGGUCAAGCACAAGAAUGUCAUCAACUUGAUACAUGCCUUUACGCCACAUUGCUCGUUGAAAGAGUUCCAAGACGUGUACCUGGUGACGGAACUGAUGGACGUUAAUUUGUGUCAGCUCCUCCGAAGAAAGCUGGACCUGAAGCGGAUGUCCUACCUCAUGUACCAACUCCUGUGUGGUGUCAAGUAUCUUCACUCGAUCGGGCUGAUCCUGCGGGACUUGAAACCUUCGAACGUCGCCGUCAGCAGCGAUUGCUCGCUUAAGAUCUUGAGCUUUGGACUUUUGAGAUCCGUCAAAACGGCGUUCGUUAGGACGCCAUUUGCAGUUACGAGAAACUACCGAGCUCCCGAGGUCAUUUUCGGGAUGGAGUUUAAGGAGAACGUUGACGUCUGGUCCGUUGGAUGCAUCAUGGGCGAACUGGUCCGGGAAGUGUUACAUUCUCCGGGGCGAUCAUGUGGAGAUUUGGGACAGCAUUGUUCAGCAGUUGGGAACUCCUUCUGA